GCCUUCAAGAGACUUCUGUGUCAUUCAUCCACAAAUUCCAUCUUGCUCUCAGUCAUUUCCCGCCCAUGUCCAUGGAGUCCGCGACUGUAAAACAGUCUGCCACCUCUCCGGCCUCCGGCGCUGUGCCCCUGUCGUGUACAUUGUGUAGAAAACGUAAGAUCAAGUGUGACAAGCAGAAUCCAUGUUCGAACUGUGUAUCAUCGCAAAAAGAGUGUGUUCCGGUCGUUCGUGCCAGGUUGCCGCGUGGGAGAAAUGGAGGUCGCAAAGGCAUAAACACGGAACUACGAAAUAGAAUCAAUCGCCUGGAAGGCCUUGUGCAAUCUCUCAACUCUGGCUCGCUACCGGACAAUGCGAAUUAUCAGUCCUCAGUUCCAAAAACGCGGACCAAUAGCGAAACACAGGCAUCAACUUUCUCUGGCCCAUCAACCAUCAAGCAACAAACAUUAGACUCGCGCGAGGCUUCUCCAGACACAACAAGAUUUCCAUUGGGCUCGACGUUGUGGACUCGGUUGGCUCAAGAACUCGAUGGACUCCAGACGGUACUUGACAACGAGGACGACGACGAUGUUGACAACUAUGAAGAAGUUGACUCUAGUCCGCCUUCUAUGCCAACAGAUAGCAGCGGUACUCCUAAAGACCUGCUUUUCACCUCACAGCUUGUCGAAACCCCCGCCGUUUCCGAUGCACACAUCGUCGAGUACCUCAAAAUCUUCCGACGCAAUGUUGAUUAUAUCCUGAAGUUCGUCCACAUACCUAGCUUCGAGAAGCUCUUGACAGCGAAGGAGCCGUAUCUCGACCAUUCUGCAGAUAGCCCUGCCACUCAAGCACUGAUGGCCAGCGCUUUCUAUGCAUGCAUAUGCAGCAUCAGUAACUCACAUUGCCUGAGUGCCUUCGACAGAAAAAAGGAAGACCUGAGGAAUGAGUGGCAACAUGUAUCGUUUCAGUGUCUUUCAAAGGUUGAGAUCGUCAAGAGGCCGAGCUUGGUGACCCUCCAGGCACUCUCAAUAUAUAUAGCGGCGCUAAGGUCACAUCAAGACGAUCAGCAAAGUUGGAUGUUGAUAUCCUUGGCGGUAAGAAUGGCGCAAGCCCUACAACUGCACAGAGAGGAAUCCUACAACAAGUUGUCAUGGGGUCAAGCCGAGGUCCGCCGACGCACAUGGUAUACUUUAAAGGCGCUGGACUAUCAAGCAGCUAUGGAUCGAGGAAGUGAUCUGAUGAUUACGAACAAUGGAUGGACAACAAAGGCUCCUACGACUAACGUCGACUCGGAUUUCCUGUUGGACUUACCUCCACCUCCGGCAAGCAUCAGUCCUCAGCCGAACAUGAUGUUUUACACCAUCCAUUGCCACAGCAAUUGGCUCCUGAGUUCAUUGAACUGGGUUUUGCCUGGCGAAGCGGAGAAGGCCCCCACGCCGAUACAGAGCGAUUGGAAAGUGAGACAGGACGCCAUUGCGGGUCUUCAGCGUAGGCUCGACGAGGACAUCCUGGCGCGUAUUCCGGAGGAUGGUGUAUUCCGCUACGCUUGCGUCAACUUUACAAAGGUCCUCGUUCGAUGUGCCCAACUGUACGCAGUGCGACCACUACAGCGACAUCCCGACUUGACUCUACCGCCGCCUGAGCAUCUAAACAUCUUACUCCUUGCCACGGAGGCACUCGAAGUCAAACGCGGCUUGCUGAGUGAGACCACAGAGCCAUGGCACUGGGUCAUUAAAGGCUUCGUAGACUGGCACGGUCUGGCUGUUCUGCUAGCAGAGUUGUGCAACCCUGACCAAUACGACGCACAGCUUCUAGAGAGAGCAUGGACUGUUGGCUUGAUCUCGUUCGACGAACUUUCGGGCGAGAUUGCCGAAGGCACCCAAGGGCCGUUGUGGCGACCGAUAAAGAAGCUGAUGCGAAUCGCACAGAAAAAGCGCCUCGAAAGAUCAACGAAAUCGCCGGCUGUUGUUAUGAAUAUGCCAGACCUUACUGGCAACUUCAUGUACGACAUGUCUGCAUACACGACCCCUGCGAUGAGCGCAUUGGCUAUGAACCCGGUCAUUGAUACCAGUCAAGGGUGGAACACGUCAACUCUCGAUCCUCUGCAGACUUCGUGGUUCAAUUGGCAGUCAUUCACUGACGAUUUAGCAUUGGGCAACGGGUAUGGCUGGGGNGCGAUAGAUUUUGAUCCGGUCUUUGAGAAUAUGUGAGACUCGAGCCGUAAUGUACUAGUAUGCUGUAUAUCUCCACCUAUAUACACUCCUUUGGGAUCUCGGCUUCUAUCGUUGCUAUGCGCGGUUUUCACAGUGACUGGUUGUAUGCUGUGGAAGCGAUUUCGCACAUCUUCACAUGCAUAGAAUUAUGCACAAGCGCAUAAAUAUCCGGCAGGCUGGAGGGCGACCCUGACG